CCGUGUAAAAGAAAUCAUGGAACAAGCGGAGGAAAAUUUAGUGAAAAAAGUGUGCCCACCUGCUGAGGAUUUGAGUGUUGUUUUAAAUGACAUUCGCUGUGAGGAAUGUGAUAUGAGAUUCAAAAAUUUAGCACGCUAUCGAAUGCAUAAUUUUAAAAUUCAUGACAAAAAAUAUAAAUUAAAGGCCAAUGAUGAGACGGAAAAGAACGUUCAAUACCACUGUCCAGUGAAUAAUUGUAUUUAUGCUAUUAAUUGUAAUAGAUUUUUCACACAGAAGAGGUAUUUGAAACAGCACUAUUUGAAAAUUCACGCCGAAAGAAAGUAUCCUUGCACUUUGUGUCCCAAGAGUUUUUCAACAGAAGCUGCAAAAGAGGCACAUGUUAAAGUUUGUGGAAUACGUUUCGAAUGCAAAGUGUGCCAAAAGUUUUACAAUUCCUAUGAAGCGCUUCUUACUCAUGCCAAACGUAAUUUACACGAAGUCGAUCAAAAAUAUAGAAAAAACAGCAGACUAUCAACGGCAAAGAGUAAAGCAGGAAUCAAUUCAGUUCGGAUUCCUCGAUUGCAGAGCAGUAAACAAUUGUCGAAUUCAACAAUAGUUGUUCAAAAGGAGAAUGGCAAAUUUGUAACCAAAGGUGUUUUAAUAGCAAUCGGAAUUCUACAAAAGCUCACUCACAAUAUUGCCGUGCAAACCGACACAACAAUUGAAUCUCAAAUAGACGAUAGCUCCCAAGUUACAAAAAGUAAAAGUGAAGUGACCCAGGAAACGCAAACAAAUCAAAUUCAAAGGAAGGAGAAUCUCCAAAAUACCAAAGAAACACAAACGUCGAGUUCGAUUACAAAGAAGAUGGUUAAAAGUCCUUCUCAAGUGGAUAAAAAAGUGGAAAUUAAAUCACCGGGACUGAUUAUUAAGAAGGACGUGCGAUUGACGGACAACAGUCUCUUUCCCAGCAGUCCCCUUCCACUUCGUCACGAUGUAGCUCUGCCCGAAUUGUGGGAGGACAAAAGUACCCUUGGAACGCAGACGAGUCCCGAGAAGAGUCCAUUUGGCGAUUUAAAUGACACAUUUUGCGAGGACAAUGCAAACAUUGGGAAUGAAUAUUCAUUCUCGGAGACUAAUAAAAUAACUCAAGUUGAUUCAAUUCUCACAGAAGAUUUCGCCGAUAGAUUCAGUAGCAUUGAAACGCAAACGGAAGCCGGUUAUUGUCAAUCAUUGUUCGACUCGGACUCUCUGUCACGAACUUUUAGCAAUGAGACACAAACCACUGAAAGUUUUCACAUUGAACCACUUCAACUUUACAAUAAUUCUUGCACUCAAACUUGCGAUGAAAUUUUGCCCUCCGAUUUGGUAUUGUCGAAUAUUCAAACGCAAACAGCGUGGUCGCAUUUCGUCGAUACGACAGUGUCAACGGAAACACAGACGAGAAAUUUCUUCUGUGAAUCUGGCUGCGAGGACUCGAAUCACGAUUGUCGCUCUUGGCUGAGUAUUCAAACGAAUCACAUGGAAACUCAGACUGAUAUACUUUCGAUGCUGGAGGAAUUAGAUUAAUUUCAAUCAGAGGGAAUUUUUUAUUUUUUAUUCAUUAUUUACAGAGAGAAAGAUUAUUUAACUUUGAGUGAAAUGAGUUUUUUGUUUGCUCGUUUUACAGUGAUAUUAUUAUUUUAUUAAGGGAAAGAAUCAGUGAAAUUUCUGCCACAUGUCAGGGAAAUGGCAGGGAAACAAAAUUUUUGGCAGUAAAAUCAGGGAAAUGUGAGGAAAAAAAUGUUUGUCACGGAAAUUAAGAAAAUUGAGAUUUUUUUCGA